UUAAGCAAAAAUUGUCUAUUUCAUUGGAUGUUGCUAAAACAUAUAUUGAUAAAGCCGAUGUUUGUACAAUGCAGGUGACCCGAUUGAGGUGUGGAGGAUUUAUAUUUGCAUUGCGCGUAAACCACACAAUGAGUGAUGGUCCUGGCUUCGUCCAAUUCCUCGACGCCAUAAGCGAGAUGGCUCAAGGUCUGUCUGUGCCAUCUCUGCUGCCCAUAUGGCAAAGAGAGCUGUUAAAUGCCCGAAAUCCGCCACGAAUUACCCGUAUACAUCAUGAAUAUGAGGAGGUAACCAACACCCAGGGCACACUAAUGACCAUGGACGAAAAUAAUUUGGUUCAUCGAUCAUUCUUCUUUGGCCCCAAGGAGAUAAGAGCACUUAGGUACCGACUUCCUGCAAGCCUCGGUGGCUGCUCGACGUUUGAGGUUCUAAUAGCGUAUGUAUGGAGAUGCCGCACAAUUGCAUUUGCAGUAGACCCUGAUGAGGUUGUUCGCAUUUCAUGCUUAAUCAAUAUGCGAGGCAAGCGCGGUUUCGAUCUGCCUCCAGGAUACUAUGGAAAUGCUUUUGUUUAUCCAGCUUCAAUUACUAAGGCUGGAAUGCUAUGUAAAAACCCAUUGGAAUAUGCGAUAAGGUUACUGAAGAAAGCCAAGGCGGAAAUGAGCCAAGAGUAUGUAAAAUCAGUGGCAGAUCUUAUGGUCAUCAAGGGCCGUCCCUCAUUUACGCAGCCGGGGAACUAUCUUAUUUCAGAUCUCACAUGUGCCGGGUUUGGAGAGAUCGACUUCGGGUGGGGAAAGCCAGUCUAUGGUGGGAUUGCUAGGGCUUUAUCUAAUAUUAGCUUCUGUAUGCGGUUCAGGAACAGCAAAGGAGAAGAAGGGAAUGUUAUACCUAUAUGCCUGCCUCCGCCAGUCAUGGAAAGGUUUGAACAGGAGCUAAAGAGAAUGACAAAAGAGGAAGAUCCUGUUAGACUUAUUAAAUCCAUGCUGUAAAUUAAACAGAAUCUACAUGGAUUUUAAGAAUUAAGCAAUUUAAUUUAGUUUAGGAUCUCUUUAAAAAGGUUUACAACCUAAAUGUAGCAGGGUGGAGAUUACUAGUGAUAGGUGUUAUGUCAAUAGUAGGCAAUAUGACACUGUAUUUGGCUUGAAGGCUCGAGUGCUGUUGAAUACUUAUUUCGGCCGGUGGUGUGAGCCAUUCAUCCUUUUAGGAAAGGAACAUAGCAUUAGUGUUUGCAAGUAGAAACAUGUCUUGAUAAACUCUAUUUGUUUGGGGAUACAUGCAAGCAUUUAUCUCUUUUGAACAGAGCAAUAGGCUAGGAAGACAAAAAGGGUAUGUCUUCUGGGUGAAUUUGUGUUUGCUAUACCUUUUGAGAAAUAUUUACUUUUAA